CAGAGGCAGAGUAUCAUUCGAACUACAGUUCCCAAUCUGUGCAGAUCAUCGGCAGCAAUUCUCCAUUCAACUGAAACAUGUAUACCGAAGCAGCUCAUCGUUUCAACUCCAGCUCUGGUGUGCCGGAGAAGAGCUCUCUCACCGGCGCCGCCACCAACAUGAAGAAGCUGCUAAAGAGCAUCAGGCGGAUCUUCACCCACUCGAAGGCGGGCAAGGACCUCAGCGCGAUCCGUCACACGUGCCACAGCGAGGAGGAGCAUCAGAACUGGCUCAACGAACAAUGGGAGUCCAGCAAAAUCUGUCUCCUCUGAGGCUAUGGCCACAUUGGCGAUCCCUCUGAGCAUCUGUGAUGGGACUUGCUCGCAUGGUCGAUAAACGAGCACGCCGGCUUUAAACUCAAACUGUGAUCACGAGAGCACAAGACUGACCUGCCUCUGUGCCUCGAAAGCACUAUCAAACGUCGCUUUCACACUGUACUAUAUAGUAUAUGUAUAUAGAAAUCUUCAAAUGCUUUAACUUUUCCUAAGUAGUAGCUAUAAUCAUUGUCUUCCAUUAGUCUUACGAGAAUUGUCUUCCAUGUUUGUUUGUUUAGGGUUCAAAAUUAGGCUUAAGAAUAAAAAAUCCCUCGAGGAAAAAAAACAAAA